UGCAAAAAAAAACACUUGGGCUGCUGAAAGUGGAACUGAUAUCAACUCCAAUGGCAAAUCAAAUUGAACAUCCAAGUGGUGGCUAUAGGAAGUUGUUUGAAACAGUCAAGGAAACGGCUCAACCACUGCCAGCCUGUGUUAGAGGUGCAGUUCCUUCUUGGUUAAAGGGGAGCCUUCUACGAUGUGGUCCAGGUUUAUUUGAGGUAGGCUCCGAGCCAUUUUAUCAUCUAUUUGACGGACAAGCUCUUCUUCACAAAUUUGACUUCAAGAAUGGAGAAGUCACCUAUUACAGACGGUUUAUUCAAACCGAUGCUUAUGUGAGGGCCAUGACUGAGAAACGGAUAGUAAUCACCGAAUUUGGUACUUUUGGUUAUCCUGAUCCAUGCAAGAACAUCUUCUCCAGAUUCUUUUCCUACUUUGAAGGUAUUGAAAUUACUGACAAUGCUCUAGUAAAUGUGUAUCCCAUUGGAGAAGACUAUUAUGCCUGCACUGAAACCAACUACAUCACAAAGAUCAACCCAGAAACAUUGGAAACAAUACAAAAGGUGGAUCUUUGCAACUAUUGCGUAAUCAAUGGUGCAACUGCUCAUCCUCACAUCGAGCAUGAUGGAACUGUCUACAAUAUUGGCAAUUGCUUUGGGAAAAGGUUUUCUUUUGCAUAUAAUAUUAUCAAAAUACCUCCGCUGCAGUCAGAUAGGCAAGACCCAUUGAGAAAAACGGAAGUGGUUGUCCAGUUUCCAUGUAGUGACAGAUUCAAACCAUCCUAUGUACACAGUUUUGGUCUGUGUGAAAACUACAUUGUAUUUGUGGAGCAACCAGUCAAAAUUAACCUCUGGAAAUUUCUCUCAUCAUGGAGCGUGCGAAGUACUACCUAUAUGGAUUGUUUUGAAUCAAAUGAUUCUAUGGGAUUUGUGUUACAGACAUGGUUCCAUGUUGCAAACAAGAAGACUGGUGAAUACCACAACAUAAAAUACAGAACUUCAGCAUUUAAUAUUUUCCAUCAUAUUAACACUUACGAAGAUAGUGGCUUUAUAAUUGUUGAUGUAUGCUCCUGGAAAGGGUUUGAGUUUAUAUAUAAUUACCUGUGGCUUGCAAAUUUACGUGAAAACUGGGAAGAACUUAAACUGAAUGCAAGGAAGGCUCCUCACCCAGAAGUUAGAAGAUAUGUUCUACCAUUGGAUAUAAACAAAGUUGAACAUGGCAAAAAUUUAGUGUCUCUCAACACCACAACAGCCACUGCUACAGUUCGGCAAGAUGGAACAAUUUGGCUGGAACCAGAAGUGCUCUUUUCUGGACCUCGACAAGCAUUUGAAUUUCCUCAAAUUAACUAUCAGAACUUCAGUGGAAAGGACUACACAUAUGCUUAUGGACUGGGAUUGAACCAUUUUAUUCCAGACAAGAUAUACAAGUUGAACAUGAAAACCAAGGAGCACUGGUUAUGGCAGGAACCUGAUACAUAUCCAUCAGAACCAAUCUUUGUUCCACGUCCGGAUGCAAUGGAUGAGGAUGAUGGCGUGUUACUGACUUCAGUUGUAAGCCCAGGUUCAGGGCAAAAACCUGCUUUCCUUUUGAUUCUUGAUGCCAAGGAUCUCCAUGAAAUAGCUCGGGCAGAAGUGGAGACCAACAUCCCUGUUACUUUCCAUGGAAUGUACAAACCAUAAUGAUCUGGUAUCCAGCAUUACUGAUAGUAUAAUCUUGCAAAAAUACUGCAAUAUAAAACAAAGUAAUAUAUGCAGAACAAUAAGUUGUCACCAUAUUCUUUACUUUAUCUGUCAUGUUAGGACAUGUAAAAGUACAUAUUGGCUUAAUUCUGAAUAUGAAAUUGUUUUGAAAUAAAUAAUAUAUCAAAAUUAGAACGCAGUCAUUGGCAUUAACUACCUAAAGCUGAAUAUUUAUUGGUUAUUAAAUUCAAAGUUGCUUUAUUUUUAUGUUGUAAUUAAUAAAACAUUUUGACACGUUUCUUUGCCCUCAAGAUCUAAACUGAAUGUAGUUGUGACCAUCAAGCUGAGUAAUGAUAAUAAAAUGCUGUAUUUCAAAAA